UUGUUUUCUUCAAAUCUAAACUUUUUCAAGAAUUUAACGAAUAAACUUAUUUUAAUACUUUUAAUACAGUGUAGUAAUCAUAAAGAAACUUAUUUUAUUUUUUAGGGAAUACAUUUGAAACACAUUUCAAGCAAUGACUGCUUUAAUAAAAUUGGGAGACAAAACAUUCUUCAUAUCAGCCAUUAUGGCGAUGAAGAACUCCAGAUCUCCCGUCUUCUUCGGCUCAAUGACAGCCAAUGUUGUUAUGAAUGGCAUUUCAGGUUAUACGACAUCCGAUACAACACAAGAAGAACUCGAAGAAGCAGAGAAUGAACUCAAGAAACUCGAUUCCAAAGAA